UUCUGUAGCUUGCCACUCUUGUCUCUCUUACUUUCUCUCUCUAAAAGUUGAGAUUCUCUUCUCUCUCUUCUCUCCUUUUUGUCCUUCAAAAAGAAGAACAUUGGUGAAAAAAAAAGAGAUCUUUCAGAGCUCGCACGAGGGUCUUCUUCCAUGGUUUCUGCCACAAAAUAAUCCCAAACAUCAUAAUCAUCAGGAGAUCUCAGACCAUAUAGAAAAUUUUCGGUUAUAUUUUUGGGCAAAGGUUAGAGAUUGAUUUGAGUGGAAAGUAUAGAGGGCAGGGUUGUGCUUAGUUGAACUGUUUUGGGAUUAAAAGAUUCACAGUCUGGCCUCUUCUUCGAGUAGGUGUUCAAUGGGAAUGUUCGAAGAAAUGGGGUACUCUGGUAAUUUUGAAUUUGUUUCAGCUCCUCCACGGGAAGCAGAUGAGGCUUUAGAGCAUGAAACAGAACCAACGGGAGAGGAGGAUUAUAGUGAUGAAGAGAUGGAUGUUGAUGAGCUUGAGAGAAGGAUGUGGAGAGACCGAAUGCUUUUGAGGCGCCUCAAAGAGCAAAAUAAGGGGAAGCAAGGAGUUGACAAUGCAAAGCAGCGUCAGUCGCAAGAGCAGGCAAGGAGGAAGAAAAUGUCAAGAGCACAAGAUGGAAUUUUGAAGUACAUGCUGAAAAUGAUGGAAGUUUGUAAAGCUCAAGGUUUUGUGUAUGGAAUUAUUCCUGAGAAGGGAAAACCAGUUAGCGGUGCUUCGGAUAAUCUCCGUGCUUGGUGGAAGGAAAAAGUGCGGUUUGAUCGCAAUGGCCCAGCUGCAAUUUCUAAGUACCAGGCAGAUCACUCGAUCCCUGGUCAGAACGAGGACUGCAGCGCUGUUGCAUCCACUCCUCACACCUUGCAGGAGCUCCAAGACACUACUCUUGGCUCACUUCUGUCAGCAUUGAUGCAGCACUGUGAUCCCCCGCAGAGGCGUUUCCCACUGGAAAAAGGCAUUGCCCCUCCUUGGUGGCCUGAUGGUAAUGAAGAUUGGUGGCCUCAGUUGGGUCUACCUAAGGACCAGGGCUCUCCUCCAUACAAGAAACCUCAUGAUUUGAAGAAGGCUUGGAAGGUGGGUGUCCUCACAGCUGUGAUCAAGCAUAUGUCUCCUGACAUUGCAAAGAUUCGCAAGCUUGUUCGUCAAUCUAAAUGCUUGCAGGACAAAAUGACUGCUAAGGAGAGUGCUACUUGGCUGGCCAUUAUAAACCAGGAAGAAUCUGUAGCUCGUACAAUGUAUCCUGAUAGAUGCCCACCUAUGUCAGGUGGUGGCAAUGGAUCUUUUGUGAUGAGUGAUACCAGUGAUUAUGACGUUGAAGGGGUGAGUUUUGAAGCUAAUGUUGAUGUAGAGGAAUGCAAGCCCCGCGAUGUCAGUUUCUUCAAUAUGGGUGCUGCUGCAGGGAGAGAUGGGCUUCUGAUGCAACCGCCAGUGAUUCCUAAGAUCAAGGGAGAACUGAUCGAAAUGAACUCGGGUUUUGUUCAAAAGAGGAAGCCGCUGGCUGAAGAGUCGCAGUCGCAGUCACAGAUGAUGCUGGAUCAUAAAAUCUAUACCUGUGAAAACCUGCAAUGUCAAUAUCAUGAUUACCGACUCGGUUUCCUAGAUAGGACAUCAAGAAACAAUCACCAAAUGAAUUGCCCCUACCGUUGUAAUAAUUCUUCACAAGCUUUUGGGAUGUCAAGCUUUCAGAUUAGCAAUGACAAACCAGCAGUGUUCUCCAUGCCUCAUUCCCAAACUAAGCCUCCACCUCCUGCUGCACCAAUGAACCAGUCGACUCAAUUAAAUGUUUCAGGGCUUGGUCUUCCUGAAGAUGGGCAGAAGAUGAUUUCAGAUCUCAUGUCAUUCUAUGACACAAAUAUUUCGCCACCGCAGAGCAAAAACUUGAACAUUGGAAAUUUUAGUGCUACAGACAGCCAUGCCCCUUCCCAGCAAAACUACCAGUUCCAUAUGGAGGAUAACUUUUAUAGUCAGGGUGUUAUGGGAAGCAACACAUCUGAGCAUGCCAAUAUGUCAUCUUCGUCCCAUGUAGCUUUUCCAAUGUCAGAAGCUCAGUUUGAUAACCAGUGCAAGGCAUUUGAUUCUUCAUUUGACAACCAUCCAACUGACAACAUUGUGGACUUGAGAUUCAGCUCUCCUUUUAACUUGCCACCAGUCGAGUAUACUGUGGAUCCACUGCCAAAGCAAGACUCGCUCUGGUUCCUCUGAAUGCAGAGCUUGAUCUUAGCUUUUCUUGACUUGCCUUAAUAAGCAACUGCUGUAAAUUUCGUAGGGGAAGUUCAUCUUUUCUUAGCCAUCGCCGUCGUUUGGAACUUUCUCAGUUUAUUAGUUUAGUUCCUUGUUCAACCUCUUAGAUAAUAUUAAAUCCUAAACUGAGUUGCUUUACUGUAACUUCACCUUCUAAGAGUGAUAGAUUAUGUAGUCUCUUUUCCAGAAGUACUCAAGUGGGGCUAAUAAGGGACUGGAAAAAACCGUCCAACAUUGGCCGCUGUUGAUUUAAUGUAAGGUCAUUUUCCUUUUACAUAAGCUUAACUUUGGCCUGUUAUAAAUUAUUUAGUGAUACAUGUCUAUUAUUCAUGUAAUGGUUCUAGAUUUUAUCUAUGCUAAAAAACAACCUAGUUCAUGUAAAUAUUAUAAAUCUUCAUUCUGGUCUUAA